UUUUCCCAAAGACUUUGGUAAUGCUCCUUCACAAGAUACUUCGCGCCUUACAGGAUACAAAGCAUGGCAUCCUAAAGUAAUCGGUCUGUACUUAAAUAAUGAUGAAAAAACAUCUGCCAAUUUGCGUCCUCAUUCGGUUUUGUCUA